CGCCACCUUCCGCUCGACUUCUGCUGCAAUACAGCUCCAAUAGCUGCGUCGGAGGCGUCUACCAUUGCGCAUUGUAGAACACGGGGCUGCGGGUAUGCGAGCAGAGCAGCAUUUGCGAGAGCCUCUUUAAUAUGUAGGAACGCUUCUGCGGCUUGGUCGUUCCACUGAAUGGCACUUGCAUUAGUUCCUGAUGCUGCUACAGUGCAGUCCACUUAUAACGAUACCACAUAUAACGAUAUAUCGGUUAUAACGAUGGGUCGACAUGAGAGUGUCAUUUUAUGCAUUAGGUCUAUGGAGGAAAAAAACCAUUUAUAACGAGAGGUUAUUCAACGCAUAUCGGAUAUAACGAUCAAAAUUUUGCCGUAUGGAUGGCUUUUUCUGUGCAAAAUAAUCGUAACAUUUGCGUUGCUUAGUUCCCUGAAACGAACGAUGUCGACACAAGGCGAUGUUUACCUCCGUAAGUUCGUAUCUGCCUCCAUUACCACGCUGCGCGUCCCAAUGUUACUAGGCGUGUCCCGCCACGCCUGCGCAGCGGAGAGUACCUGAGUAGGCGCAGCGCGCCACAAGAUGGCGCUAGCUGCUUCGUGCGCGUCGGCCACAGUCGCUCCGAAAGAGAGAGAAAGAAAAAAAAAAAGCGACAAGCAAUGCGACGCGGUGGCGCCCGUCCUGCAUUCAGUCUCUCUCUCUCACGAUAGCAGGCUGACGCCACUGAAGCAGCGUGCAACCAACGGUACAACCCAGUUUGAAGAUGGCGGUGACAAAGCGCAAAGCUGUGUCGCUUGACACGAAGAUGGAUAUUUUGCAGGACUCUCGACGCGGCUUCAAGGUGAGCGCCCUCGUGAAGAAGUAUGAGCUCGCCCAGUCGACGAUAUCAACCAUCUUGAAAACCGGGAGCAUUGCUAUUUUGAAGGCAGGAGCUAUCAGCGGUCGUGCCGAUCAGCGGAAAAGGGUUAGGGACCCUUUGUACGCCGAUGUUGAAGAGGCGCUUUACCAGUGGUUCGUCACAACCCGCACGCAUAAUGUGCCUAUUAGUGGGCCAAUACUUGCCACCAAAGCGAAAAACUUCGCUUUUCUUCUGGGACGCCCAAAUUUUGAGCCUGGGGGAGGCUGGAUUCAGCGCUUUAAAGAGCGGCACGGAAUCGUUUACAAAAACAUGGUUGGGGAAGCGGCGUCUUUGGACACAGAGGCAAAGCAGCAGUGGCUGCAGACAAAGCUGCCCGGCGUGCUGGAGCACUACGCGGAGAAGGACAUAUAUAAUUGCGACGAAACUGCUCUGUUUUUUCAAAUGUUGCCGUCGAAGACUCACGCUCUUAAAGGAGAUCGAUACCCCGGCGGGAAGCACUCGAAACUUGGGGUGACCGUGUUGCUGUGCGUUAGCAUGGACGGGAGCCAUCGUCUCAAUGCAGACAGUGCUGCCUCAUUCUGCGAUGAGGUCAUCGACGAGGCGAUCGCCGAAGAUGUGCUGUCUCGACAGACGGCAAAGUUGUGCGACGGUGGCGACGGCAGCACCGAGAGUGACGAGAUUGACAGUGGCUCCUUGACCCCGACCACUAUGUCCACGCAAAGUGCACUGUUGUCGAUCGACUCCUUAAUUGAUUUUAUGCGUGCUAAAGGAUUGCCGCCAGUGUUCGCGCAGCAGCUGGAAUCCAUGCACACCGCGGUUGUGAAGCUGAAGCUGCCGCAAAAGCAAGUGCAGAUUUCAGACUAUUUUGGGGCGCCUAACCCUUGACACGGUCAUUGGCGCUAGAAAUAAAGUUUGUUUUUCACAGCCUACUUUCUACAUCAUCUAUUCUUUAGAGCAAGUAGCGAAUUUGAGUUCAGAGCUGCAAAGGUAUGUUCCGCAUUUUUUUUUUUAUAUAACUGCAGUCCAGAUAUAGCGAUCAUCGGUUAUAACGAUCAUAUUUUUCGUCUUUCUCGAUAUCGUUAUAAGUGGACUGCACUGUAGUAGGCUGUGCAGCGGGUGAAGGA